AUGGCCGUCCCAGAACCAAGCCAGAACCGCCAGAAGAAUAUUUUCGUGCUCUGUUUUGAUGGCACUGGCAACAAGUUCAGCGGCAAAGAGACCGACAGCAACAUUUUGAAGCUCUACCGCAUGCUCGACCGCACUGACGUGAACAUGUACACAUUCUACCAGCCGGGCAUCGGGACGUAUAUUACAACUCAUUCGAUCCAAACAACGUCGACCCUCGGCCGAAUACGGUCAUGGUACCUCAAAACCAAAGACGAGGCCGUCGGCACGUCCUUCGCAGACCACGUCAUGGGCGGCUACAAAUUCCUCAUGCGAUACUACAGCUGCGAAGACGAUUUGUACUUCUUUGGGUUCAGCCGUGGAGCUUAUACCGCUCGUUUCCUGGCAGAAAUGCUGGACCACAUCGGGCUGCUGGCAGCCGGUAACGAGGAGCUCAUACGAUUUGCUUGGAAGACUUAUGCCAAAUGGGCAGCCAGGAGCAAUGAUGGCAGUGAAGAGGCCCGGAAAGCUGAGAAAGAGCAGUACGAGUUCAUGCGAGGCUUCCGAGAAACAUUCAGCAGACCAGUACGCCGGAUUCGGUUCCUCGGUCUCUUUGACACGGUCAACUCGGUUCCCCGGUUCGAGUCUGCGUGGAUGCAGAGAAGCAAGUUUCCUUACACCGCCCGUUCAUCAGCCAAGGUCAUACGCCAUGCCGUCUCCAUCGACGAAAGGCGAGCCAAGUUCCGACAAGACCUCAUCGGUGGAAGCCACCAGCCACACGCGGACCACAUCGGGGCCGAAUUACAUCGGUACGAGUCGGACCUCGCGCAGAUGAAUGAGAAAGUCGGAAACCAGGAGUCCCACGAGCAAAACUCAACACAACAGGGUCCAAGGAUUGCUUUCUCAAACUCGAUAGGUGGCCAUUUAUCAGUGCCUGAUCAGGUAGUACCAAAACGCUCAUCCGACAGUCUUGCUGGACCCAUGCAUUCUGCUUCCACCGAGCAUCUUCGUGAAAGACCUAAAUCACCACGGAGGCAUGCCAGACGCACAUGGUCCGGAGCACAUCGUCCACAAGACAUCCAAGAAGUGUGGUUCGCAGGUGGUCACGGUGACAUCGGUGGUGGCUGGGACAAGUCUGACAGAGAGCACUGGAUGCUCAGUCACACGCCGCUAGUGUGGAUGCUACACGAGGCGGAAAGGGCCGGGUUGAAAUUUGACCCUGGGAAGAUGGCUCGCCUGGGAUGCUCGCCUCAUGCAGUGGACGAGUUUGGCGAAAGAACUGAGGAUACUACCACCCGCCAAGCGUUUACCGAAAGGCUCGAGAGCUCGUUCACUGACUCUGUAGCUCACGAUUGUCUGCAGUUCGGCAGUGGCCUGCCUCGUGGCACCGUGUCUUUCUGGAAGAUGAUGGAAUAUCUUCCAUUUCGACGAAUGGAUCUGCAGGAUGGGAAGUGGAAAGCAAUUCGUUGGCCGCUUCCAAUGGGUGAAACUCGAGACAUGCCCGACGAUGCACAGAUCCAUAUCUCGGUCAUCAGACGCAUGCAAGCGAACCCACACUACCGUCCAGGAAACCUCAUCGUCGGUGGUGGUGGUCGAGGCGUGAGGAAGGCGCCCGAGAAAUAUGGCAUUGGUGAAUGGCUGGCACACCGGGAUGAGGGUGAUAUUAUCAGGCAUACCGUCGUGCGCAGGAAGCGAUCGAAGUCGGAUUCUCCAGAUAAGAUGUCGAAUGGACAGUAA